AUGAUGCCCCCACCAACCGUAUUGGGUCCCAAUCCAAACGGUCAAGUCCACGCGGAAGCAAUGCUCUUAAUAAUAAGUAAAUACUUAAACUUUUAUGUAAUAUAUUAUUUUUAUGUAUGCGUGAGUUUUGCUGAACUUUAUGCUUUUGUUUUAGUCAUAGACAAGUUUGAUUAUGUCUUCUCUGAAAAUGGUCUGGUUGCAAAGACAAAAGGAAUGGAAAUUGAAAGAACUUCGAUUUUGAGCUACAUGGGUGAAGAAAAACUGCAAACUUUCAUCAAUUUCGCUUUAAAAUGUCUCUCAGAAUUAAGACUGCCUGCUAAGAGAGGAACAUUUAUUGAGUUCAGGACGGGGCUGAUAAAUGUGUGUCCUGUGGGUCGGUCUUGUAGCCAGCAGGAGCGAGAUGAGUUUGGGGAAUACGAUAAAGUUCAUAAGAUAAGAGAGAGUCUAGUCCAGAAAUUCAAAAACCAGUUUCCUGACUUUGGCCUGAACUAUGUCAUUGGAGGCCAGAUCAGUAUUGAUGUCUUUCCUCAAGGAUGGGACAAAACCUAUUGUCUGAAAUUCAUCAACGGGUUUGAUGAAAUUCACUUCUUUGGAGAUAAAACCCAACCGGGUGGUAAUGACUAUGAGCUUUUCAUCGACUCCAGGACCAAGGGAUAUACCGUUUCUGGACCAGAUGACACUAAGAGACAACUUGAAAAAUUGUUUGGAUUAUGAUGAUAGAAGCAAGAAUAUUAAUCCAAUCAAAAACGUAUUAAUUAUAACAUUUUGUUGAUGACAAUGUAAGUGAUAUCAGAGAGGUCAAUAAUAAAUUAUCUGAAGAUUGGUCUAUCUAAUUAAAAAUAUACUAUUUUGCAUGAGAUUGCAUUUGCAUCUUUGAACGUUAGACUUAAUUAAUUAUGAUUUAUUUCAGUAAAUGUUCAGUAGACCUUAUGAAUUCUAUAAAAUACAUUGUACAUGUCAAAUUGUAGGUAAUUGUUAAACAAGUCUGCAUUGUAUUAAAAUGUGAAAACAAAUGUAUGAAUGUAUAUAAUAAUAUAAUAAAGGGAAUUGUCUCUAUAUUAACAUA